CGCCGGCAAAAUAGUCAUUUCGAGUUAAUAUUUCUUACAACAUUUUUCAUAAGCCGAUAUAUAAGAUGCAACACAAGCUACUGGAACACACAUAGCAGAGGUUUCGAGGUUAUCAUGGUAGCUAGGGGUGUGCUCGCUGUCAUGGUGGUAAUGGCCGUGACACCGACUGGAACUUGCGUCUUCACUUCUCCUCGUGAUAGCCUAACACACCCCGACGUCCAUCUCCCGUUGCAAGUGUUUCAUGAGCUUGUAACCGGACCGCUAACAGGACACUCUUUCGUCUUAUACCUCGACCCUGAUCUCGGCCCACACACUCUAGCACGUAUCUUAUCCCUGCCAGCUCUUCAGUACGCUUCAUUAGUCCUUGUGGAUCUCAGUUCUGAUGGGAGAGAAUGGUGUCAAAAGCAGCCAAAGGAGAUACUGCGUGGAGACUAUCUAGUUCAUAUUGUGGUGUUUGCUACAACCAACCCGCUUCCUUUCUUUCGCGCGGUGGUUAACACGAAUGAACUCUGGCGUGCUAAGUACCUCGUCCUCUUCAGCCUGUCCAAAAAGAUCAAAGGAGAGAUUCUAAAAGCUCAUGAGUUUAGCCGCGCUGAGAGACUCGUCAUGUUCACGCAGCACAUCAAUGACAAGAUCGAUUCGUCCGCCCAGAUGGAUAUGGUGACGUACUUCCCAUUCGCACAUCAUAACAGCAUCGCCACUCUUGGACCAUGGUUGCGGGGUGAGGUAUCGGCCGAGGAUGUCUUUGUGGACCGGUUCCCUACGUUUGAGGGAUAUAAGUUUCUCUUAGGCACGUGGCUGGAUGACUUCCCCUUCCUGCACCAGGCUCGGGACAGGCCGGAGGGGGAAGGCGUGGGCUCGGCCGUUGAGAUGCUGGAUGCCAUGGCGACGUAUCUCAACUUCUCGUACAACUUCACCUACAUGCCGCCAGACAAGAAAUGGGGCGAUUUUGAGGACGGCGCCUGGACGGGAAUCCUUAAACUGGUGCACGACGAAGGCAGAAACUUCAGCGUUAAUAACUUCGGCUACACGCCCAAGCGGUUUGAGGACUUCGACAGCAGCGUUCCAUACUGGGUGGACGGGUUCGGCAUGGCGCUGAUCAACCCACCGCCGCUGCCCAAGUGGCGGAACGUGUACUACCCGUUCACUGCCGUGGUGUGGGCGGCCAUGGCGCUGUGUCUGGCGGUCGUCGUCGUGGCCUUCUAUAUACAGGACCGUGCCCAGACCAAGCCGCUGCUGGGGGGCCUGGGCGAGGUGUGGCUGUACACGCUCCGCCCCGUCCUGAGCCGCUCGCUGCCCACGCUGCCCGACACUCACAACCAGCGCCUGUUCGUGGCCGCCUGGUGCCUGGUGUGCCUCAUCCUCACCACCGCCUACACCGCCAACCUCAUCGCCUUCCUCACCAUUCCCCUCUACCAGAAGCAGCUGGAGACCGCCCAGCAGCUGGCGGAGAGUGAUUUCAGAGUUUCCAUGCUUGACUACGGCGAGUUCGUGCCCCAAGCGCUGAGGUCAUCCCGGGACACCUACUACCGGGCACUGGCGGCGAAGCUGGACCUGUAUGAGAGUGAGCCCGAGUCCGUGUACCCGGUGAUGAACGGUACUCACGCCUACAUCCAAGCCUACCACUACAGCCGCAUCCUGUUCUCAGAGGUGUAUCAUGCCCGCAACGUCUACAUGCUACGCGAGCAGCUGUACCCGAACCACCUGUGUUGGUAUUUCCAGAAGAACACCGCAUGGAAGUACAAGUUUGACAUCGAGCUCCAGCGCCUCCUGCAGACUGGACUCGUGGCGCACUGGGUCAAGGUGAAAACGGAGUACUAUGUCGGCAACGACUUCGAGCGCAAGUGGCUUCUGGAGAGCACGGAGCGGCGGCCGGCGGUGGCCCUCACGCUGGAGCACACGCAGGGGCUGUUCUUCCUGCUGCUGCUGGGCUGGGGGCUGAGCGGGGCGGCCUUCGUGUGGGAGGCGGCGACUCGACCACGCCCUCGCUAACCUCACACUCGGGGGGAAGGAAGGCUUGAGGGAAAGGAAGGAAGGAAGGGUGAAGGAUAGGUUAAGAAAGUAAAGAAGGAAGCAGGGGGUAAAGGAAAGGUAAAUGAAGGAAUAAAGGAAGCAGAAGGUGAAGGAAAGGGGUAAAGGAAAAGUUAAGGAAGAAAGAAAGGAAGCAGGGGGUAAAGGAAGGGUUAAGGAAGGAAGGAAGGAAGGAAGACUUGAGGUAAAGGAAUGGGGCAAAGGAAAAGAUUAAGGAAGAAAGGAAGGAAGCUGGGAGUAAGGGACGAGGGGGUAAAGAAAAAGGUUAAGUAAGUAAGGAAGGAAGGAAGGAAGACGAGGUAAAGGAAUGGGGCAAAGGAAAAGGUCAAGGAAGAAAGGAAGGAAGCUGGGAGUAAGGGAAGAGGGGGUAAAGGAAAAGGUUAAGUAAGUAAGGAAGGAAGGAAGGAAGACUUGAUGUAAAGGAAUGGGGCAAAGGAAAAGAUUAAGAAAGGAAGGAAGGAAGCAGGGAGUAAGGGACGAGGGGGUAUAAGAAAAGGUUAAGUUAGGAAGGAAGGAAGGGAGAAAGGAAGACUUGAUGUAAAGGAAUGGGGCAUAGGAAAAGAUUAAGAAAGGAAGGAAGGAACCUGGGAGUAAGGGACGAAGGGAUAAAGGAAAGGUUAAGGAAGGAAGCAGGGAGUAAGGAACGAGGGGGUAAAGGAAAAGGUUAAGGAAGGGAGGAAGGAAAGAAGCUGGGGGUAUAGGAGAGAUGUAAAGUAAGCUAGCCUGGAACUAAACUAUUGCAUAACGAAGGUACUCAUGUCAAAGUCGGCCUUAUAUAAGAAACAAUUAUAUGUUCAGUGGAGGAAUAAAUAUUAACUCCCCAUGAAAGUAGUAUCAAUGUUAGAG